AUGUGCUUCACCCCAGGCAUCCGCCUGCAGCUCUCCGGUGGAAGGAAUGGCUGCGAGGGCCGCGUGGAGGUGUACAAUGGCAGCAGCUGGGGGACGGUGUGUGACGACUGGUGGGACCUGCAUGAUGCCCAGGUGGUGUGCCAGCAGCUGGGCUGUGGCCAGCCCACAGACGCCCCAGGCAACGCGCACUUUGGCUUCGGCUCCGGGCCCAUCUUCCUGGACAAUGUGCAGUGCCAUGGGGAUGAGCCCUCCCUCCAGAUGUGCAGGCACAACGGCUGGGGUGUGCACAACUGCAGGCAUGUGGAGGACGCCAGUGUCAUCUGUGCAGCACCUUAUUUUUGUGGUGGCUCAAUCUCAAAUUCCUCUGGGGUGCUUCAGAGUCCAUUCUACCCUGGAAGUUAUCCAAACAAUGCUGACUGUGUGUGGGAAAUACAAGUAGAGAACAAUUUCCGUGUUAUGCUCACAUUUAGAGAUAUUGUGAUGCAAAGCAGCAGAUGCCAGUAUGACUACGUUGAAGUCUAUGACGGGCCUCCACACUCUUCCCCGCUUCUUGGGAGACUUUGUUCUGGUUCCUUUCCCACGUAUAUAUCCUCUUCGAACAUGAUGAUUGUUCACUUUCACAGCGAUUUUAGAUACACCUUCAGAGGGUUUCAGGCUCACUACUCCGCCAUUCCAGCAGAUCACAACACUACCCUUCUGUGCCUGCCGGACUACAUGCAUGCAGUGGUUAGCAGAGACUAUCUCCAGUCUCAAGGCUACUCAGUGCAGAUGGUCACCCUGAAUGACACUCGCUGUAAACCAACAGUCACGUCACACGAGGUUAUAUUCAACAUUCCCUACAACGGCUGUGGGACGAUACGAGAGGAGAACAAUGAUACAAUCAACUAUUCCAACAUGAUCAAAGUUACAUCUUCUGGGUACAUAAUCAAGAGGAAAAAGAAUAUUCACUUACAUAUCAGUUGCAAAAUGCUACAGAACACAUGGAUGCAAAUAAUGUAUGUUGCUGAGGAUACUGUAGAUGUGAAUGUAAAUCAGUUUGGAAGAUACGACAUGAACAUCACUUUCUAUGAUUCCUCAUCAUUCUUGCGGCAAGUGCACGACUCCCCAUACUACAUUGACUUGAACCAAAAUUUGUACCUGCAAGCUUAUCUUCAGAGCUCUGACCCAAACCUGACCCUGUUUGUGGACACAUGUGUGGCAUCACCUGAUCCUCAUGAUUUUAACACUCCAGCCUAUGAUAUCAUCAAGAAUGGAUGUGCUAGAGAUUCUUCCUAUGCCACAUACCACUCCCCCAACAGCCACUUUGCUCGGUUCAAAUUUAAUGCCUUUGAGUUCAUUAACCACCAUGCGUUAGUCUACCUGCAGUGUGAGCUGGUAGUCUGCAGGCUCGGUGACUAUUCCUCCCGCUGCUACCAGGGCUGCACUCAUAGGUCCAAGAGAGAUACAAGUUCUGCGGAGGAAGAAGUGAGCGUGGUUGUUGGACCACUUCAGCUUCGAGAAGGGGUUGCUCAGAGCAGGAAUACUGAACAACCUGCUCUGGACCUGCUUCAAGCAGGAGCUGGACGAGACACCUCUGGAGGUCCCUUCCAACCUGCUUAA